UGACGUUGCGGCCAUUUGACUCGUCGAACCCACAUUUCAACAUCGAGGGCGAAAAAUGAGGCGGUAAGAAAUAUCCAGGAGAAGCCUUGUCUCCUGCCUUGUCUCCUACCUAUGCCGCAAGUGCUCUUUCCUGUUCCUGAACAAAGUGCUCAAAACGGCAGGCGGUGAGUUAGAGGCAGGCGCACGUCGGAGCAUUUUCGCCGGCAGGCGCGAUGAACCCUGUCCGUUUUAUCGUCACUGCGACGAAACAUCCAGUCUGCGGACACACCGCGACAACAAUCUGACACAGAUCUCACCACGUGAGCACCGAUCCACUCCACUUUCAUCUGGGCUAUCGCUUUCAAUGAAGCCGCGAGUCGCACGCUUCUGGACAGAGCAGUUUCUGUUUGGGAGCUCCCAGGCAACAAGGAGCUUUGCGCCGCGCCCAACAGCGCCAUUCCUCAGGACCUUCUUCACAUCAACACAGCAUUCGGCCAGGACUCGGUUACCACCCAGAACAUUCCAACAUAGUGCGCUGCUAUACCUUCGAUUCCAACGAUCCGUCCUCGCACGCCGCUUCCGCUCCAUCCGUUUCAACAGCAACAAGUCGAAUGGGUCACAUCACGACCCAACGCCACACCUAGGCAGUCCUGAACCUGCGCAAUCGCUAUCGCAGAAGCUCAAAGCUCUCUCAAAAGAGUAUGGGUGGGCAGCUUUAGGUGUAUAUCUGGGCUUGUCUGCCUUGGACUUCCCGUUCUGUUUUCUUGCUGUACGGCUCCUCGGCACGGAUAGGAUAGGACACUACGAAGCAGUCGUCAAGGACGCCUUCUGGAACCUCGUCAGGCUAGUCGUUCCAGACGCAGGCAUUACAUCAGCCGAAAAGCAUGCCCAAGAGAAGACCGCUGAGGCUACGCUGAGGCAAGGCAGUCUAGAUCCUAGCCUGGAUGCCGGCGAAGUAGCAGCUGUCAAGGUGCAAAACGGUGGUGAUGCAUCAAUUUGGACACAACUAGGGCUCGCCUAUUUGGUGCACAAGUCCCUGAUCUUCUUCAGAGUCCCACUCACUGCUGCUGUCUUGCCGAAGGUGGUCAAGACACUCAGGAAAUGGGGCUACAACAUUGGCAAGAAGAAGCCAAAGACAAAUUGAGGUUUGCCUUCAUUACUUGGUUGGUGGAUCAUUCUCCCGAACCAUUUCACACAUUCAUCGCCGAGUCGAGGUCGACCAGCUCUCGAUUUUUCAUGCAUUAUGAUGCUGUAAUUCUCACCACAUGUAAGAUAAGCCUGUAAGAAACCCAUCUUUGCCGGCAACACAUCACUGCAAAUCCGUACACAAAUCGUUGCGUAAACUUUUGCGUUCAGCAUGGCCAUGCUCACUCUAGAGAGCUUUACACAUAGACUUUUGGCAGCUCUACAUACAAAGCAGUGCACUAGACAGUUUAUGCACUCCGAAUACUUCGCCUAGAAGCCAAGCCUCCCG